AUGCAUCGAGUCACACAAAUCGCUGGUGUUUGCUCGGCAGGGAAUGCGGCAGGUCUCCGAUUGAGCAUCGAGUUGCUCCUUCCUUCCAUUGCGUCGCUUCCCAGUUUGGCACCAGCCCAGCCGAGCCCAGUCCUUCUGCAGGCUUUAGGGCCACUUGACACAGCUCAACUUGCUUUCCAUGAGACCAUGCCUUUCUACUCUAACCCUUUCUUCAUCUCUGUCAUGACGAACUUGACCAAGGCUCUCCACUUGAAAGUAUCCCUCCCCUUCUGUACCAUUUCAUCGCCAUACCCACUGCCGUGCCUGGCAGGUGUGGUCCGACCGGUUGGUCUGGGCAUGGAGUCCACUUUGUCCACAACCAGACUGCUUCUAGAAGGACAUGGCUCUCGUUGCACCGUCAAAAUGCCAGGGCCUGAUGUCUGGGUUUAA